GACGCGCAAAAUCACUGUGCGCACAAAACGUGCCUUGCCGUUCUGCACCCGCGCUUUGCCGCUCGUCGCCUGUGCAGCCAGAGGGAAAGGCUUAACGGAUCGCACACAGACAGGCAGGCAGCGGAAAACCCGGCUCAUUAAAAUCUCGUCUGCAGACACUCCGCCGGUCGCGCGCACUACUACUACAGCUCCCCGCGGUGCUACUAGUGCUGCCGACAGACCCCAAAGCGCAGAGUGACGCGCGCGCGCGCCAAAGGUGUGGAGGAGAGGGCAGCCGCACGGUUCAAUGGAACCGAACCCAAGCCGUUAAACGGUUUAGAGAGAGAGAGAGAGAGAGAGAGAGAGAGACACACACACACACACACACACACACAGACACAGCUGCUGUGAGGGAGACCAACCGUUGGGGAGGUUAACGGAGAAAUGGCUAAAACGGGUAAGAUCUGAACUUUGGAGGUUUCGCUGUGAGGAUUAUAGGCGCAGCCCCGUGCAAUCUGACCGGUAUAACGAGGAACGGGAUCACAUAUUGCACCAGUGAAUCAAAAAGAGAAAGCCAACAAACAGUAUGGCGCGCGGUGACAGUCGUUUGGGCACCUGGCAGGUGCUCCUGACCAUCUCAAUGGUCAUCAUCCCCCUGUCUGCUCACGGGAGGCAUUCACUGGUCAGGCACCAUCAUCACCACCACAACCAAUCAUCUUUGAACAAAGAGGCCCUGAACACCAGGAUGGUGCUCAGCGAUGACUCUGCUGAGCUGGACCACCUGAUUGGAGCAGGGGUCGGGGCCAAACUCCCACUCAGCUCAACCAAACAUCACCAGUCUCACAAACACGCCCACCUCGACGUUGAAGAGGAGGACUCACCUGUGGGGGAGGAGCUCACUGCUGGAGGGGCGGGUCCAGACCAGCCCGGAAACCCCAUGUCCGAUGACGUCAUCACCGUGGAGUUUCACAGCCCUGCGCCGGAUAUUUUGCCCUCUGAUGUUGCUCUGGAUUGGGCCAAAGCCCCCAAAUCCCAGAAGCAAAAAGCAGGAGACCCAACUGCAUGGACGCUUUCUGACUUUUACGACUACCUGUCCUCCGAUGACGACCUCUCGGCGCUAGACGCGACUCCAGAACCUGAGCCCACGCCUUCACUCCCACCUGAAAUGGAGGACGAGAAUCCACUCCUGGCUAGUUCUCCUGCUGUUCCUGACAACAUGAGUACUAGCACAGAGAGCUCACCAGCUAUUCCCAUGCCCGGGAAGGACAAAGAUGAUGGGUUAGGCUUGGGUGGCGCCAUGGGGGCCGACGGCUGCAGACUGGGCUUUGUGCGCUCUGGACCUGGGGUUUGUGUGUCUGAGUGUGACAUCAAACCCAAUUUCUGCUUCAAUGGAGGAAUGUGCACUGUGGUGGCAGGAAUGGGAGCCUUCUGCAGGUGCAAUGUGCAGGACUACAUCUGGAACAAAGGCAUGCGCUGUGAUUGGGCGGUCACAGAGUUCCAGGUGAUGUGUGCAGUGGUGGGCGUGGCCUCCCUGGUGGUCAUCUUCCUUUUCAUGAUCAUCGUAUUCUUUGCCAAGAGGCUGCACCGCCUCAAGACUGAGAACAAGCGCCUUCGCAAACGCAGUAAGUACCGCCAACAGAGCAGCGAGCCACAGACAGACGGCCUCUCCGUUUCCACAACGGCCGACGGCUCGCAGCCAAACGUAAGGAAACUGUGUGACACCCCUCCGAUCGCUCCCCAAGCUCACACUCACAACCUGGCGUACUAUGACAACAUUAUCUGUCAGAGGCCAUCAACAACCAGCUACACCUGGGAGUAUAAACCCAGAAACUCUUAUAAUCACUUCCAGGAAGACCCUCAGAAGCAGGAAUACCCGGCAAAGUCCUCACAAGCCAAGGAGGAGGGGUCGAUGAAUAUCCUCAACUCUCAUUCCCCCAAACACGAGAACAACCGUCCAACCUCUGUUGUCCCCGACCAGGCCCACACCCCCAACAACACCGAGGAAAAUGCCGAGGAUGAAGUCACUAUUGGCCUGCAAGUGCUCCUCCCCAAAGAGGCCAAGCUCCACUCAGAGACCAGCUCGCCUCUUCAGUACGACGUCUUCCUGUACAAGGUUGCCGACACUGGAGACUCCGCCUCUCCCAGCCAAGCCCCUCACACUCGCAGUGCCAACUCCUCUCAGCCAAUACCUAAAUCGCCCAAAACACCCAAGACGCCCAAGUCUGCCAAGGUGCCCAAGUCGCCCAAAUCACCCAAACACACCAAGGAACACCCACCCAGUAACCAUGAACCCUUGUCUGGGAAGCGCUCCUCACCUAGCCUUCACCCCUCACCCAGUCAUCACUCUACUCCUAUUGGCUAUUCUUCCCCCACCUGCCAUCCGUCUUCCCAUCACCCGCCCUCUCAGUACAAGUGCAUGCCCACCUCCUCCUCCUCCACCCCACCUCAGUUACGCAGGCCCAGAGGUCGGUUGCAAGGUCCCGGAUCAGAGUGCUCUCGGACCGGGAGAGAGUACCAGAGUGGACACCUACGUCCAUCACCCUCCUCCCCUCACCUCAACCAACCUCCUCCAUCCCCAUCCAGGGUGAAGUACAGCCCGGUCAGCACCCGAUCUCUGCCACCACUCUCUUGACCUGGCUCUCCACCCAGCCUCAUACGUUCACACGCACAAACAUCUGUCUUAAUCGAAUCUAAUCGGUGAUAUGUCCAUCAUGGCUCUAACUUUUUUUAAAUUAGUGAUAUAUAGAUUAUCCAUCCAUCUAUCAUCCAUCUUUGCACCCUGCCUCCUCACGUUUGUACCUAGAGGAGGAGCAGGUCACCUGGUGUUGGUCAAUGGAGCCAGAAAACUAGAACUGGGACAACUGCCUACACCACAAUCUCUCAAACCCAGACAUGGAUGCACCGAAAUACACGCAUACAACAUCGCGUAGUUGCUGCAGCCAAACACUCACACCUUCUUGUAAAUAAUAAUAAUAAUAACCUCUCAAAGCUCAGGUUACUGCUCACACAAGCACAAAAUGAACCACUACAUGUGAAUAUGCUCUCCUAGCAUGGUGCCAACGUCAGCGACUGCUGAGGAUAUUGUUCAAUUAAGGAUUCAUAUAGGUUUACGUCAUUAGCCUUAGUAUUAUCAAUUGUUUGUAUAAAUAUUUUGUGGAAGAUUAUUUCGUGUUUUCACAGGCUUUUUUUUUGGUAUGUUUUUCAUGUUUCUAAUCCUCAAUAAAUAGACAAAACAACAAAGUGUGCAGUAUUGUGUUCUAAAGAUGGGGAGAGCGAAGAGGAAAGAGGAAAGCAAAGACUAAAAGAGACAGCAAGGCUGAGAGAAGAGACAGAGGGGUUUCCAUUAGUGUUGCCAAGCUGCAAAUUAAGAAGAUAUGAGGGACUCCGCUGCCCCCUUGUGUCCACAGCAAACACUGGAGCUCCAGACACAUUUCAGGUUGAAAGCCAAUCAGUGGAAUCAGAUAUAAAAGCAGUAAAUCACAGAAAUCCCAUUUUAACGGUCUGUUUGUCUACAGUAUGAACUACAGUGUAUUGAUUAUGUAGCAUACGUGUGUCUGUGCAUGAGACUCACAUUAGAGAGCCAUUGACUGUGUCUCCAUAUUCCUGCAGUUUGAGAAACACUGCCCGAAUAUAUGUUAUUAAAAACAAGAUGCAGCUCACGUUAACCUUCGCUGAAUGACGGACACUGUGGUCAACAGAGCGUAACAGUAAUACUGUGAAUAUAGAAAAUAGUUAUGAAGUUCAAACCAGACGAAGCACACGACUGGAAGCUAAUGUAGUGAGUUACCUGAAGCAGAAGCAUUGGAGAGUGAGAACCACACCGGUAUUUAACUACUAACCAAAAUGGCUUUAGCAGGUAACUUUAGUUGUUCAAUUGACCACAGCUGACUAACAUUAGCUAAUUAAUUAAAGCUCGCUAUCUUUACCAGUGCACUUUUCCCCGUUGCACUUUCUUUUGGUCGCUCGUGUAUUAUUGCAUUUAUUGUAUUUUUGUACAACACAAGAACAAUACUAGGCCAAUGAAUUAUUUGUCUGUAAAUAUAGAAUAAUUGACAGUAAAAUAUUGACAAAUAUAACCGUUAAUAACAUUUUUGUAAAUUUGGUUUACCUUUAUCAGGAAAAACAAGCGCAACAAGGGAACUCCAGUUAAAAUCCUUUCUUUAAGCAACAGAUGUUAUUUUAAUAAUAAUAUGUUUUACAGGCAGACUGUUAAAAGAGUAUUUCAACAUUAAGAAACACAUUCAGAAUGGUAGUAAGUGUUUAAUUACCACAUGGGGCGCUAUCACAAAACCAAAUAUACCAUUCUACCUUUUAUGUUGUGAUUUUGUCUCAGAGGAAAAUACCUGAUUCAGAGCAGAUAUGGAUGCUGUAACAGAAGAAAACACUGAAACAGAAAGAUUUAACACGUGUGAUAAAACACACUCAACUACUGAUACUGACAAAAGAACACUGCAUGUAUUCAAUCAGGAUCCAUCCAGUUCAAACACACACAGCUCGUUUUAUUCCCUUUGGAUCCUUUUAUAGUUUCUCCUGCACUUUCCCCUCAUGUUGUUACUGUAUUAUUUAUAACGUGAAGGGUAGUGCUUCUUUCGUCUUUGGCGUUCAGGGCUUGAAUGUGCUUACCUCUUGCAGAAGGCACUUCUGUUUCUUCAGGCAAUUCCAAUUAAAAAUCUAGGGCCUGUUUCACACAAUGUGACCUCUUCCACUGUGGUUAACAGCUGUAGGCUGCAGUGGCUCAGCCAGCUUUUAUUCUCUGACUAUUUCCUGGAUGAAAAGCACAUUCUCAUUCCAGAUGGAUUAGGUGAAGGUGAAGUUAUCCUUCCGGCUGUACUCGGCUGUGUUGACGUGAAAAGAGUAAUUGACAGGUUUCAAAGUGUCUGUUUCCCUCAGUGACACUCAGGGUCUCUAAAGCCCUCCUGUCCUGCUCCACCUGCAAGGUGCUUAUGGUGUGUCCUCAAUAUGUCCUCAGUUGUCUUUUUGUUUUUAGCUGUUGAAGCGUUCAGAAAUGCCCCAGUGCAGGGCAUAGAAGAGCCCGGUGGUCUUGAUAAAGUUUCAUUUUGGAGUGACAUUGAAACUAAAAUAGUACUUUCUUAUUUGGAAAUAUGAGGUUUUUCUGGUAUUCGUUUUUCUCUAUUGAUGCAUCAAAUAAUAAACAUUGUAUUCAACAUUUUAAAUUUCAAAUUAGCUGAAAUAAAGGAAAUGUCUAUAGAUCCAAUAGUCACGAUAGAAGAAAACCCCAAUUCAUUCAUUUAGCAACAUUAAAAAGCAGAUUCUUUUGGAACAAAACCCAAAUAAAGUGUCUGUCUGCAAACUCUGGUCCUAUCAUCAGAGACCUUUUUCACUUUCCAGCUUUUCUCUGAAAAGAGGUCUGUUGUCACGGAUCACAGCCAGAUGUAAGAGCACAUCAGCCUGCUCAAACAAAGUUCAAAACAACCUUUCAGGCUUGGUCUGUGUGUCUCGCAGUCAAAACUGAGAGAAUGUUUGAGGAAAGGGUGAAACCAGCCACAAAAUAAUAGUGAAUGGGGAAAAAAUAUGCUCAUAAAAAUAUAUAUAUUUGAAUGACUUAAAGUUUGAUUGCAAAAAAAUACAACUUCUUUGUCCACAUUUGUUACUUUUGUGACUAAUUUAGCAGAGAGAUUUUUCAGAUCUUUGCAGUCCUAAACCCCUAAAUUAGCUUUCUAUAUGUAGAAACUCAAAACAUCACUUUUCAGCGUGUUGCUGCCACGCCAGAAAAUUAAAAAAACAGAUCAGUAUCACAUUAUAACGUGAACGGUUUAUUGUUAUAACAAGAUAUUUCCACCGUGUGACAUUACAUCAUACGUUGUAAGAUUUGAAUAUGCUACUAUUUAUCCUGUUAUAACGUGAAACGUUUCAAGUGAUCGUGAAACUCCUGUUUGAGUGAGGAAAUAUUGUGUGAAGAACGGAUAAAUUGAAGAGUGUGGCUCAAUUACACGAUUCAUGCUUGGGUUGAGACAUGCCCUAGGCUGCUUAACUCCUCUGAGAUGUCACCUUGCACAACCUUCUCUCCAACCUGCCCCACUUUGGUGUGUGUGUGUGUGUGUGUGUGUGUGUGUGUGUGUGUGUGUGCACGCAGCUCCUGUAUAAACCACUGAGUGGCGGUGUUGCCCCGCAGUCCAACGUGCACUGCUACUUUAGAUACAGAUAAGACCCCCUGGCACUUUGAAACCGCUGAUCUGCAUCUUCAUUUGCAUUCACUCUCUGUCGACUGAGGGAAUGUAAACUGAUUCAACGUGAUACUGUGAUAAUUGAUAUUGUUAUCAUGUAGAUAUCGGGGCGAUCUUUGAUGAUCUUGGGCGUUUAAAGCUCUGCAGGGGAGGAGAUGAGAGCUGGGAUAGUGCACAGGUAUGUGUGUGUGUGUGCACGAUAAAUCAUAUGUGAUCUGUAGUUAAUGCAGAGCUGGGUUGAUGAGAUGAUAUCUUUGCAUAC